AUGGCUCCUCCACCGGAGUAUGAUAAGGAACCGAAAGCCCCGGAUAAAAGUGUCACAACUUUGUCCACUGACGAUCCGAAGAUACUUUACAAUCACCUUAAAGAUCAGCCUGCGAAUACAGACUCUAAAACCUCGACAACCACUGGGGGAGCCAUCACCGAAGUAGAGAACAAUAAACACGUUGAGACGUUGGACGACGGACAGCUUAGGGCCUUGCUAGAUGAGGCCAUCACCUACAAGUGUCCUAAAGACAGAGAAGGAAAGAGCAAUCUAUUUAAGGAGUUGUUAGAGGAAGUUGAACAAGACGAACAGGCGUGUGAGGCAGCCGCUAGGAGCGCCGGGGGAGGCAGAGCCGGGAGGAGGGACAGGCGUAGGGAACAUCACUCAAGUCUACAGGACUUGGUAGCAGCGAUGGCGUGUGAGCCGGCUCCGCGGCGUGGUCGAGCGCCCGCUGCAUCACACGCCCCGCCUUCAGCCAGUGUAUCAACAAGGACACAUCACGGUGGGAGUCUACCGUCGGGAGUCGACACAUCUUUCCUAUUAAGUGAGGAGGGCUGCGGUCGCGGCUCGUACCUGGCCACUGUGCACGUAGUCAACCCGCCGCCUCUAGGAGAACGUCGUGUAUCUGCGAGCGACGCUCAUCCACCGAUCACAGACAACGAACAAGUCCCCAGGAGGAGCAAGCCAAUGUUCCCGAUGACGUACACGGCGCGCGCUACCCUCGAGAUCGGCAGCGGCAGCGUGGGCUCGGGCCGUGCGGUCACCACCACCACCGCCUCCAAUCAGGUGCGUACAGAACGAUCCGCGCCUAGACACACUACCACCAACCCGCAAAUAUCAACCAAUCGCAUGCGAGCUGACGGCUCUGUUGAGCCACACACGGCUGACGUGGUAGCCAAUCAGAGCAGGCCGUUGGGUGAUAUCGGUACGAAAGGCGGUGGUGAUGUAAGUGUACCGUGCGGCCCUAAGCUUAGUGGUGUUUACACUAAAAAUAUAAAGACAUGCGAACUAGCGGGCGAUGGAUGCCACAGAAAUGAUGUCAGAGAUUUAGGUAAUGCGUAUAGUUUAGAUAGAGAUAUAGUCGAGAAGGUUUUUGAUAAUAUAGACGCAUUAUCUAAAACGAAUGUGUCUAAUAUUAACAAAUGUGAGAAUAGAACGAAUAGAAAUCAAACAUUCAAUAAAGUUGAAAUCGAAAUGAUAAGAGAGUAUAGACGGAGGAUUGGCGACAAUUUGGUCGCACCGAAUUUGACGUCUUUGAAUCCUAAGAACUUUAGAUCUAGCGGUUACAACAGCUAUGAUAGAGAAUCGUACAGGAAGAUAAGGAAAGAGAGCGCUGACUGUAGCAAUAAGAACAAAUACAAAAAACAAAAUGAUACAGAAGAAACCGACUUGGAUAAAAAAAUUGACAAAUCUAAUGUAUCGGAUCUCAAUCAAAGUAACGUUAAGAACAAGAAGAGUGAGAAGUACAUAUUCAACAACUUUAAAUAUGAUAUCACCGACAAGAAAAGAGAAAUACCCAUGCCUAGUAUGAACGUAAAGAAAUUCAAAAACAUGUACAAGAAAUCAGAUAACAUAGAAAUAUCAGAAGAACUCAAAAUGGUGACGGAAAUGGUGAAGCAACAGAAUCAGACCAGCGUACAGAGUAACGAAGAACGACCUGUGGAUAUUAUUAAUACGGAAGAACAGGUCUCGCAGAAAGUUGACGAAAAUGUCCUCAAGGAUGACUCAGACACGGAACUCAUAGAAGUGUCAUCAACUGACAGAGAGAGUCCAAUAACCUUCUCAGAUUUUGUCAUUAGCCAACAAAAUCUGCUGAAGCGAAUAGGAAGCUACACCGACAAAGAAAACUAUAAUUAUCCAGCGGCAAAGAGAUCCGGAGCUCUUGAACUGGAUUGCGUAUCGCGUGAACUGAACGAGAUAACCACCGUCUCGAAGCUUGCCGAGAAUCCCUUACUAACAAAAAUCCCAAAUAACGCUUUCGUGUUCCUCACGCUACCAAAGAACUUUUAUACACGAACUAACCAACAGGAGAUAGAUUACAAGGGGAGAAAUAGAAAGAAAAGCAAAAUUAAAAUACCACAAGCGGAAAGCUUGCACAAAAGAGCCGUCAAGUUGCUACUAUAUAGCGACGGGGAUAGUACGAAUAAGGUGGAUUCGGCGAUACCGUUCGGUUGCAUCACGAGCCCGGAGGUGGUCGGCUGUAGUACUGUCGCAACCAGCUCACAACCAGCGACCGUUGACCCCAAGCCACGUAGCAUCCUAUCGAGCAGCUUCAAUGGUCUACCGCUGACGCGUCCCGUUGACGAUUACAAGGUGCCUAUACUCACUGUGCACUACCGUUUACAGAAAUCACUCGAUGAAAACGGCAACGCGGUCCAAGGAUUAAACUCACCCGUUUCGGGACCGAGUCAGCCGAAGAAGACUAGGAGGAAGAAGGUGUUGAAGAACGAGACGGUGAUCACCUCGCACCAGAUUGACGGAUAUCAAGGGAACAAGGACCUCAAGGAACUAUUGCGCUUCAUAGAGUCGAACGACGACGGCGGGCGAGCCAAGCUAAGGGCCAAGCACAAGGACGACUGCGACGACAAGGCGGCCAAGAAGAGGUCCAGCGAGCGGCGCAAAGACAAAGACGCCAAGCCCAAGAGGGCCUCGUCCCUGGAGGAGCUCAGCAGAACCACGCUCGAGGAUCUGACGGACAAGCCCGCCAACAGGGACGGGCGGCGAGCGGCACACCCGCCCUCCAAGCCGGAGAGGCGCUCCUGGGGAGACGACGCGCGGGCGCUGCUGUACAGAGAACCCGCACACGUGGUGCCGCCCACCGACGGGGACACGCCCCUCGAGCUGACGGAGUUCCAGACGGUCACCAAGAAAAAGAAGACGCGCAAGAGACCCGACGACUCAGAGAGAGACUCGGAGCACGCGCCGCGACGAGCACGAGCAACGACACCGGAGGGGCGGCAGAGGCAGGCCCCGCCCUCCGCCCCGCCCUCGGACCGCAGCAACGACUCCAAUGACGACAUGGACUCUGUACACUCACUGCCGGCGUCGGCUCCACCACCGCCGCCUCCUCCCCCGCCACCGCCGCCGCCGCCGCUCCCUCCCCCGCCGCACGCCUCGUACGCGGACAUCGCCCGCACCAGGCACAACAUCCCGGACCUCAUCGAAUCGUGCAACUUCUACUCGGAGGGAGAGUCGGAGUCGAGCGGCGCGAUCGCCGGCACCGCGGCCGGGGACACGGACCAGUACCCGGCUCUGGAGCCGCGGCGGACCCGCGACAAGAGAGUCGCGCCGCCGCAGACUAGAGACAAACGGAAGGAGCCGGACGUGGUCGCGGACCGCAGACCGCCGGUCGUGCUGCUCGACUCUGAGGCACGACCACGAGACAUGGACGGGGUCACCUUCGGGUUCGACAUCAACGAGCAGCUGCUGGGAGGCACGAGGAGAGUGCGCUGCGACCUGCUGAGGGACGCGCCCGAACACACGCGGCCACCAGCGACUCACACGACGUGCGCGCUGCGGUACGUGGAGCCCGACCACACACACGACACGGCGCACCUGCACCGGAUCAUUGACUACGUCAGCAACGCCUGGGACGACGUGGUGCGAUGCGGAGCUGGCAAUGUGAUCUAUUACAGCGAGUGA